AUGAGCGAAAAUACGAGGUUGAUCAACAUUGAUGGCAUGACCUGUCAGUCGUGUGUCAAAAAUAUUGAAAAUAAUGUAGGAAAAAUGAACGGAAUUAGUUCAAUCAAAGUUUCCCUCGAACAAAAACAAGCCACAGUGAUUUUUGACACCAGUCAAACGAAUGUAGCUGCUAUUGUUGAGAAAAUUAAUGAUAUGGGUUUUGAUGCCGAAGAAGAGAAGCCAAGUAGCGAAGCACCUGAAACUUUAACGCUUUAUAUUGAAGGUAUGACAUGUACGUCGUGCGCACAGAAAAUAGAAGCAUCGUGUCAAAACUUAGCUGGAAUCAAACAAAUCAGUGUAUCGUACCCCACAAAAAUGGCCACAAUCCUUUACAUACCAACCAAUCCACCUGAUAUUCCCUUUAUUCUUGAAUUAAUUAAACAAAUCGGUUUUCGUGCCACUCUGAGUCGUCUUACUCCAAAAAUAACAACAGCUAAAAUCAAAAUAUCAGGAAUGACGUGUCAGAACUGUGUAAAAAGUCUUGAACAAAAGUUGAAAUCAUUGGAUGGUGUCAUUAAAUAUCAAGUAAAAUUGGGCAAAGUCAUAGUCAAUUAUGAUACCGAAAAAAUAACAGAUAUAACUGAUUUAGUCGAACAAUUGACUUAUGGAAGGUUUGAGGCAACGUUAGUCGAUGAUCAUAUAGAAUUUUGUAAAAUUGAUGUUGAACUGGGCGGAAUAUCUGAUGACAAUAUUUCAUAUGCAACUGAGCGUCUAGAGUCUAUCGAUGGUGUAUUAAAUGUCGAAUUUCCAUCUGAAAAUGAUAGUAGUAGGGCCAUAAUUGAUUACGAUCAAUCACGUUUAAACCAGUAUCAAUUGUUUGAAUCAAUACAAAAAAUUGGCUACCAUGUGUCGUUGGAAACAACCGAGAAAACAAAACUGACUCGUUCUAAUUUGCGUGUGCAGGGUAUGCAUUGUAAUUCAUGUGUAACAAAUAUAUGUUCCACCAUACAAGAAUUGCCUGGCAUACACGAUAUUAAAGUAUCAUUUCAAGAUCAAUUAGCUGAUGUUGUAUAUGAUAAAAGAGUAAUUCAGCUAUUGACUAUUAUGAAUGAAAUUGAAAAAUUAGGAUUUCAAGUAGCAUCAACAGCAAAAGAUGAUUCUGAUCCAUUAGCUAAUAUUGAUGCACCACUUUCACAAGAAAAAUAUCGAAAAGUAAAUCAGUUAGCGCAAAAGCAACAGACAACUUCACAACGAUCUAACGGUGUUACUGAGGAUAGUGAUAUAUGUUUUGUUCGUAUAGCGGGUAUGACUUGUGCAUCCUGCGUGGAUAGUAUUCAACGAAAUUUAGCCAAAGUACAAGGAAUUCAUUCUGUUUUGGUUGCAUUACUACCUCAAAAAGCUGAAAUAAAAUAUAAUCCUGAAUAUAUAAUUCCAUCACAAAUAGCUCAUUUGAUUAAUGAAUUAGGUUUUCGAGCGGAAGUAUUAGAAUUAGUUGAACGAGGAAUGGAUAUCAUUGAUCUGAACAUAGAAGGUAUGACAUGCGCCAGCUGUGUAAGCAAAAUUCAAAAGUCAAUGUUAAAAAUACCCGGUAUAAACACGGCUGAUGUUGCAUUGCUGACAAAUAGCGGAAGAUUUAAAUAUGAUGCGAGUAUUAUUGGACCGCGAGAUAUUAUUCAUGAAUUGGAUAAUCUUGGUUUUCGAGCUAGCGUUUCAAAUGAAGAUUCGAAAACAUCUGGUUUAGCUAGAUCUCAUCGACGAGAAACAAACAGAUGGCGAAAUUCAUUUUUACUAGCUGCCAUUUUUGGUUUGCCAGCAAUGAUUAUUAUGAUAGUAUUUAUGACUAAAUAUAAAGAUCAUUCAACAGCACCACAGGUCGUUAUGGGUUUAUCAGUGGAAAAUUUAAUCAUGUUUUGUCUAUCAACGCCCGUACAAUGGAUAAGUGGUCGUUAUUUUUAUAUUCAAGCCUAUAAAGCUCUUAAACAUCGUUCAACGAAUAUGGAUGUUUUAAUUGUAAUGGCUACGACAACGGCUUAUGUUUAUUCUUUUAUUGUUGUUGUUAUCAAUAUGGUUCAAGGAAUACCUUCUCCAAUCACAUUUUUUGAUGUGCCACCUAUGUUAAUGAUGUUUGUUGCUUUAGGCAGAUGGUUGGAACACAUUGCUAAAGGUAAAACAUCUGAAGCACUAACAAAACUACUUUCACUUCAACCACCGCGGGGUACAUUAAUCAAACGUGAUGAAGCAACGGGUAAUAUUUUGGAAGAACAAUCUGUAUUAGCACAAUUAAUUCAACGAGACGAUUUAUUAAAAGUACUUCCAGGCGAAACGAUUCCGACGGAUGGUAGAGUUAUUGAUGGUACUUCGACGUGUGAUGAAUCAUUGAUUACGGGAGAGUCAAUGCCGGUUGAGAAAACAGUUGGAUCACAAGUUGUUGGCGGUACAAAGAAUCUUAACGGUUUAUUGAUAAUGAAAGCUACUCACGUUGGUCAAGAAACAGCAUUAAAACAAAUUAUUAAAUUAGUUGAAGAAGCUCAAACAUCGAAAGCUCCAAUUCAACAACUAGCGGAUAAAAUAGCUGGUUAUUUUGUUCCUGUUGUUGUAUGUGUAUCAUUAUUAACAUUAACUGUUUGGAUCAUUGUCGGAGUCACAAGAUUUACAUACAUUGAAAAAUUCUCAAUGUUUUAUCAAUCGCUUGUCCGUGUGAGCGCACUUGGAUUAGCAACUCCAACUGCAGUAAUGGUUGGCACAGGUGUGGGCGCCACAAAUGGUAUAUUAAUCAAAGGUGGUGAACCUCUCGAAGCAGCACAAAAAAUUCGUACAAUAGUAUUUGAUAAAACGGGUACAAUUACUCAAGGCAAACCGACUGUUGUCGACAUUCGUAUAUUUACUAAAAAUGAACACUGGACACUAAAACGAAUGUUAGCCAUUGCAGGAACAGCGGAAAGUGGUAGCGAGCAUCCAUUAGGUUUAGCUGUAAGAAAUCAUUGUAAAGAUUAUUUUGGUACAGACCAACUGGGUCGUUGUCAGGAUUUCAAAGCAAUAUGGGGCUAUGGACUACGUGCACAAGUCAGUAAUAUUGAAUUUUUGAUGAAACAAAAAAAUAGUGAUCCAUAUAAAUUGGGAACACCAUCAACUCCAAGAACACCGACUGUUAAUUCAGGUGAUAUGUCAGCGAAUAUUCCAGAAACGUAUUCAGUUUUAAUUGGUAAUCGAGAGUGGAUGGCUAAAAAUAAUGUGACUUUUGAUGAGCAAGUUGAUAAAACAAUGGGAAAACAUGAACACGACGGACAUACUGCAGUAUUAAUUGCUGUUGAUGAUAAAAUUAUUGGCAUGAUAGCCAUUGCUGAUAAAGUCAAACAGACAGCCGCGUUAACUGUAUUUGCUUUACAAUCAAUGGGUUUAAACGUUUUGAUGGUAACCGGUGACAAUGUUAAAACAGCACGAGCCAUAGCUGCACAAGUGGGAAUUAAAAAUGUUUAUGCUGAAGUAUUACCAACACAAAAAGAACGUUUUAUUGCUAAAUUAAAAGAGGCCAGUAUCAAAGGAGACAAAGUAGCGAUGGUUGGCGAUGGUAUAAAUGAUUCACCAGCACUUGCAAGAGCGGAUGUCGGAAUUGCAGUGGGUACAGGCGCAGAUGUAGCAGUAGAGGCGGCGAAUAUUGUGUUGAUACGAGAUGACCUAGUCGAUGUUUUGGGCGCUAUAUUAUUAUCGAAGAAAACUGUUCGACGAAUUCGAUUAAACUUUAUGUUUGCAACAGUAUACAAUCUUAUCGGUAUUCCCAUUGCAGCAGGCGUGUUAUUGCCGGCUGGUGUAUCAUUAAUGCCUUGGAUGGCUUCUGCUGCCAUGGCUCUAUCAUCUGUUAGUGUUGUCAUGUCAUCACUGCUCUUACGUUACUAUAAAAAGCCAAAUAUUCAAGACUAUAAUACUAAUCAGUACGCGCUUUGGUCAAUGGCAAAAGCGAAAGACAUUCAGGUUCAUCGUGGUAUCGAGAGUUUUGAAUAUACACCCAAUGGUAGUCUCAUUUCUAGUCUCAAAGGUAGUCGAUUAGCACAGAUAUUAUCAGGUGCUGUGUCUGCUGUUAAACAUCGUGCAUCCUAUAUCGAUAAACAAAGAACAGCAUUACUCUUAAAUGGAAGUACAUUAGCAAAUGAUUAUAAUGAGGAAGAGAUGGAGUUAAAUCAGGUAACGAUCUUAUAG